AUGUUUAAUAUAAUUUAUAUUUAGGCGGUUCAUGCAUUUUCUAUAGGCUUAUUUCAUUUUUUUAUUUUAUAUUCAUUUAAUCGAAGAAUUAUUGAGAUGUUCUAUUUAUCUACUUCUCCUUUUAUUUCAGUAGCAUUUUUAUAAAGUUAUUUGUCCAGUUAUUCUUUUUUAGAGUUGAAUUCUCUAAAUCAUCUAAGCAUUCUGGUUAUUUUUCAUUAUUUUAACCAUUUGAUUUAUCAAAAAAUGAUUAAUUUAUAAUAUCUUAAUGCACAAAGUUAUAGCUCGGAUCUUCUAAGUAGCUCACUUUCAUAGAUCCCUUUUUUGCCCAUCUUAAUUUCUAGCUAGAUAAAAUAUCUUGCAAAUUUUCAUCCUUAGGAGUUUGUCCUCUCCUCUCAGUUGUAAAAGAUUAAUUACUAUUAUCAAAUCUGA